AUUCUAAAGACAUAUAGGAAAUUCUUGUUUGUGAGGGAACCGUUUGAACGCCUAGUUUCUGCCUAUAGAGAUUGCUUCUGGGGGAAAUUCAAGGCGAAACAAGAUUACUGGAAAAAUUACCAGGAAAAAAUAAAAGAGGUUCUGAUGAGUCGAACUAGCCUUCCUAACGAAACAUACUCUGAAAAAGUAACGUUUGAACAAUUUGCAACCUAUUUGGUUCUUCGACGGAGGGAAGGUGGUUUGUUUCAAGAACACUGGCGAGAACAGUAUAAAUUAUGUCAUCCUUGUCGCAUACAAUUCGAUUACAUCGGACAUUAUGAAACACUGGCUGAGGACGCCAUGUUUAUUCUAAGAAAAGCAAACUUGGAAAACAAGGUAAACUUUCCGGAAUGGCAACCAACAGACACUAGCGAGUUGAUGCAUAAGUACUAUUCUACUCUUUCUCUGCUCAGGAUAAGGCAACUACAGAGCAUUUAUAACAAAGAUUUCGAGUUGUUUGGUUAUAGCUAUCCAGGACCGCUUAAAGCGGUAGUUGACAAUUUGAUCAAUGAUAAGUUGUAACUGAAUCUGUUGCGAGUCCCAGGCGUUGGGUGUCCUGUGGUUCGUUGGGUGUCCUGCCUUAAAUUGGGCGUUUCACACAUCUCCCGAAGAAACUGGUAUGGUAUUUCACCACAUCUUUCUCGGGAAAACGGGGACUAAACAGGGUGAAAUUUAGCCGAUCCCCCCCUUGAACGUUACUUCACCAGUGAUCGGCUCCUGACUUCACUUAGGUGAUCCCUCCUAAUAACGUUUGAUUACUUUCGCUAUCCCCCCCCUCAAGCAAAUUUGAGUGGUCAACCUCUUAUUUUCACUUCUUAUUACCGGGCAUAAUUAUUAAAUCUCCCUGCUGCACGCGCCUGAUAAAACCUCUGUUAUCCAGGGCAAACUAAGUCAGUAUAAACUCCGGACUAAGAUUUUUUCAACAGCAGCUGUAUUACGUUGCUAUACUGGGUACUAGCGAUUUUUUCUCGCGUGCGACGAGGAUCUUCGCACGUCUCCGAAGGCCGAAGACACGAGAGGGGCACUUUUUAAGACUUAACUAAAAUCGGAAACCGCGCAUGAAAAGCCUCUGGCACGGGUAUAACGUGGCUAACUUUGUUAUAAAAUUUCGCGUUCAUAAUACUCGACUUUCAAAUUCUGUACUCGAGGGAGACCGUUUAAUGUUCAGUUUCCUUGAAUAUUAUUUCAACAUCAAGAUGGAAAUUUGCAUCUCCUUUAGUCAUAACAGGUGGCAAAGUAUAUGGGUUAUGGACUCUUACUAUGCACGGAAAAGCCUCAAGCGAUAUUAGCUCUCGCCAGGUUUUGAACUAUGCCGCGUUUUUUAUGUUUUCUGUCCACUUUAAGUGGAAAUGCCGAAAUUAAUCUCUAUUCGUUUAAGACAUUGAGCAGAGCCUCAGAAGCUGCAAAAGAACUGUGGCAUGAAAUUUUACGACUAAACCCAUAUGAGAGUCGCUGCUUUUAAGCGCGACUAUCAUACGGGUAUCGCGACUCUCAUACGGGCCUCAUAUGCGUCUCAACAAUACAAACAAUACAAACAAGAUAAUCUUAGGUAGUGUCCGGGGGUACUUCCGGCCUAUACGGGGAGGGUCCGCCCGAAAGGGGUACGAAUGACGAAUGACUGUUCCUUGCAAUAAAUGAUGCGCUUCAAUUUUAUCAUUGGUUUAAAUUCUACUUUCAUCGAUUUUAGGUAUGGUUAGUAUGCAUGAGCAAGUUUAAAACAAACCAACGAUAAAACUGAACCACGGCAUAAAUUUUAGUUUUAUUUUGUGACAGAAAUUGCUUCAAAACAGUCAUUUAAAUCUAAAUACCUAAUGUAGCUUGAAACAACUCAAAUAAACAUUUUCCUAUAAUUCCAUGCCUUACUAGAAUAUGCUUCUUCAGAUCGACGCAGCUUUUACUUCUCGGUGGUUGCAUGGAAAAUCUGCUUAAAAAAUCACCCUUAAAAAUAGGUUUCACACCAGCUUUUUCGGCCAGCAUACCGAUGUAAACAUCGUCGACUUUGAACUUUGGGACAACGUCAAACAAAUCAACAAACUUAUUAAUAACAUCAGAAGAUAAGACAAUUCCAAACCCAGAACAGUAUUCUGGAUAGAAUGUUGCAUUAUAAUCUUCAAACGAAAUUUUCCAUUUUCCCUUCCUCUGCACUUUGGCUUUCUUAAAACACUUUCCGAUAUAAAGCUUUCCUUGAGGAGUUGCAGGCUUGGCAAGUAGUGAGAUUAAACCUUUAACAUCAACAAAUGUGUCAUCGUCCAUUUUUAAUAGAAAGGAAAAAUUACAAUACAUGAAAGCCCACUCGAAUGCCAUUUGUAUCUUAAGGGUCUGAUUCCAGUAAUGAUCGUAGUAUUGCGCUCGUACAAGGUCCCCGAAAACGUUUUCCUCUUUCAGUAAUAAGUCUGAUACGCUUUCGUUCCGCGUCUGGGCCACAAGGAAGACAGUCUUCCAGCGAGGAUUCAAAGCAAAGUCUACACCCCAUGUUUGGCGGAUGUCUUUCCUUCGCUGUAAAUUACAAGGCGCUGAAGAAACCAAAAUAAGAAGAAUGUAGUGUUGCGAACAAGUUUUCGUUGUGAUUAAUGUCGUCUUGUGUUUCAGUACUGGGUUCUCGGAUUUAUUCACAGACUGUCUCGGCGCCCUAGCUUCUUCGUUGUUUGAGUCGUUUCCAAGUAAUUGGAUUUUCAUCCUUUUCGAGUCCAGUACAUCGCAUUCAGUGAUUGAAUUGGAGGGCGGAAACAAGAAGAAAAACAUGAAGGAAAUCCAGCUUAACAUUAAAGCAGCGAGAUAGAAACAUUUAAAUCCUCUCCUUGAAAACGUCUUGACCCUGAAUUUCAUGAUAACUAGCUGCGAGUGGGUUUGAUAGAACAGAUUGUAAGCCUCUAGUCCGUAUAGCAAAUCUCUCUUUUUAAUUUUUAAAGAGAAAAACCCUCUAAUAAGCUUCUCAAUUGCAUAUCACGUGAUGUUUUACACGGGGCCUCUGGGUGGCUAAGGGAUAAAAAGCGGAAAAAAAGUGUUGAUUGUUCAUUUUGCCUCGACUACUUAGGCAUGUUAAGGCAUCAUGUCUCACCUCAUAAUUUGCAUAAUUUGGCGAAGUGGCAUUGGAGACGGAUUGUUUUGAUCAGUCGUCAUGAAACUAGGCAAAUAUUUUCGCAUUACACGAUUUUAUAUUUUGUUUGAACAAACUAUAAAUAUUAUCGAGAGCUUCGCUUUUAGCCCUGGCUAAAUCUAUAUAUUAGCCUUUCAACCCAUGCCUUAACUUAGCUGAGUGGAGUAUAUAAUGACCACAAAAUCAUACAGCUGCUCCUGCAAGCGUGCCGUCGAGAGAAGGGAGGGAGGGAGGAGUGAGGAAACAAAGCCUGUAAAAAAAGAGAAAGAGCUUCAAUACGUGAAUUCAAGAAAACAAAAGGCCUAAUCCGGACAAAAAGGUUUAUGAGACGUACAGAAUGAAAAAAGAUACGAGAAUAAGACAAUAUUUAAAUAAAAUUUAAGUUUCAAACUCUUUUUCCUUCAAGAACCGUAAAUACCUGUUAUAAGCGCCCCGGGAUGUCUUUAAUGUAUCGAAUCCUCGAACUGAAUUAGCAUAAGGCAUAAUAUAACCCGGAUAUCUCAAGUAUCACCCCAAAUCAGUUCAGCCUCCAUCCACGCGCCUCAUACAGUAAAAACAGUCAACGUAAACGCAUCUUUUCACAAACGGAAUAACGCAACCUCGUCCCCGGGGCUUUUCCCUUAAAAAAAAUGGGUGGGGCCACCUAUUUUUUAAGGGAAAAGCCCUGGGAACGAGGUUGGGAAUAACGAAACGAUAUUCGUCGCCCUAACAAUAGUUAAUACUGUUGAAAAGAACUUCAAGAAAGUGGAAUCUCGAUGUGACAAUGGUCCAAGGGACUGACAAAAUAUGCUCGCUAUAACGACGUUUCAUUAUAUCGAUUUUUUUCCCAUAUGGUUGUUAUUAUUAAAACCGAAUCACUGGAUAAUGCGAUUCUAGAGCUCUGAUUGGCUUAGCCAUCAUGGUAUAUUUAACAAUUAAUGAAUGAGGCUGAGUAUCUUAUGAAGAAUUAUGGAGAUCGAGGAGGGUGUUAUCCAUCGAGGCCGUAGGCCGAGGCGGAUAACACCCUACGAGAUCUCCAUAAUCCUUCAUAUGAUACGAAAGCCGAAUUCAAUAAUUGUUUUAUUAUUCAUUCAAAAUAAUUCCUAGUUUAAAAACAUUGCUAAAACAAGCUUACCUGCAUCGAUGUUAAGUUUAUCUUCGAUAGUUUACGUUUAGAUUUGUCCAGCUCCGCAAAUAUUCUCCAAAUAGCAGAUGUCGCUCUUCGAGUUGUCUUCUUGCUGUUUUUGCUAUGUUUUUAGCCAUUAUUUCUCCUAGUUCCAGCUGUAGUUCUUACUCUUAAAACGAGUGAAGUGUCCGCCAUUUUAGUUUUUACAACGAAAACAACUCAAUCUCGUCCCCAGGUCUUCUCGGUUAACGGUGCAUUAACCUGUAGAGGGGUGCAUUUUUGACGUCAUUUCCUCGUUAAACACAAAAUUCUUCCAAAUUUGGUCAUCAGUAACUGGUUCAGAAUCGGGGAAGUAUUUUGAAUGAAUAAUAAUGGCUCUUAUUAUUCACUCAAAAUAUUUCCCCAAUUCUGAUUGGCUAAAAGCACACGCAUAAUUCACCAUAACCAGUUACUGAUGACCAAAUUUGGAAGAAUUUUGUGUUUAACGAGGAAAUGACGUCAAAAAUGCAGCGUUUUUGCAGGUUAAUGCACCGUUAACCGAGAAGACCUGGGGACGAGGUUGAGUUGUUUUGGUUGAGAAAACAAAAUAUGGCGGGUAUUUCCUUCGAUUGUCAACUUCAAAGAGAGGCUAUUUGAAAAUCGGUCAUGAGGCAUUCCCACCGCCAUAACGCGCGUUAUGUUUGUCAGCGCUGUAAUGUCAAUCUCUUAAAGCAAACAGGGCCCAGUUGUUCGAAGGUCGAUUAGCGCUAACUCGGGGUUAAAAUUUAACAUGGAUUUUUUUUUCUUUUGUUCAAAAGCAUUUUCUCAGUUAAUUUUCUGUUCUCAGCAUCCAAUCAUCCAACCGUAGACAAAAAGAAUUAAACCGAAUUUACUUUUUAAGUGUUAAUAUUUGAACUCAAAUUUCGCACUAAACCUGGGUUACCUCAACCCAAACCCAUUUUGAACAACUCGGACCAGUUUCUCGCGUUCUGGGAAUCGAGCAGGAGAGAACCCUGAGAACGAGGUUGUGUCUAUUUAUGUCUGUGGCAGGCGGUAGUGACGUUAACAGGACAAUUGCACUAUGACGUCAUUUUACUACAACUACCAGAAUCCUUGAGUUUGUUGUUUUCUUGUGCAAAUUAAGGCUAUUGUUCUUUAAUCCACAGCGGGAUUGACAAAUUUAAAUAACAAAGCAAAACCGAAAUGAAUUCUGGUAGUUGUAGUCAAAUAUCGUCAUCGUGCGAUUGUGCUGUUAAGGGUGGGGAGGAUUCUGAAAAAGAGACAGUCUCCAGGCCUCUUGAGGGUAGCACGUUGAUCAACAAAAAUAUGAUGUUCUAAACUAUUCCAACGAUGUACCGAAAGUGUGAAGACAUUUUUAAAGGCUCAGCAAUAGUUUUGCUUUCAAUCAGCUUGCUGUACGUGAUUUUCUCUACCACAAGCGAGACGCAUAGUGGGAUUACAUCAAGGACGCAGCCAAACAAUGUUGUUGCCGGCAAAGUUGUGGAUGCUUUAAACGUGCAUUCUACAUUUUCCACCGGUGGGUGAAUUAGAUUAGGUUACCGAGAUUAUGAUAAGUGUUUCUUAACUUGCAGUUGCAUCAUGCUUAUCGCAGAAGGUAUAUCCACAUAACAGAAUGAUUAGCAGGAUGAAAAGUUCCUUCAGCCCCCUAUGUUUUCCUGCAAGCUUCUUUCACUUUUCUUUCUACAUUCACCACUUUAAUAUCCAUUUCGUUUCGCGGCGCUCAGCCAAACAGAGGAAACCACAGCAAAUUAACGACAGAACCAAAACUGAGGCGCUCAUACAAACUUAUUUCAUAUACUGUAAAUUCUUAGUUUGUUGAUCCCGGGCUAGCAAGUCAGAACAAUCAAAGUUAUCACGUUCUGUGCUGUGUAUAUUUGUUGCUGCCUGGUUACUUCAACCUAAUUUACAACAACUUAAGACGUUGCCUUGAAUGUGUAACUUCAGUUUAAUUUGCAUAUACUAAAAGUGAAAAACACCCUGGAUUCCAUUUGAUCGUUGUGACAGCAGUUACUGAGAUGGACGACAGUUUUUAGCUUUCGAGGCUGGCUUCAAUGUAAUCUCCACCUUCAUGCUCGAUCGAUGGACUGUUUUUUAGCUAUCGUGUAUAGGUCGUUAUCUUAUGGAACUAAAACAGGCUUUAUGCGCGCUGGACCAGAAAACGCGAAUAAUAUGCGAGAUGAAUAAGAAUUCUUUCUUUGUCUUUUUAUGGUUGAUUCUUUACAUCUCCCUUUAUUUCCUUUAUAAUAUUAAUAUCAGUGGCAUAGGUUGGUUGGUUGGAGGCUCCUUCAUGAGUGAGACAUUUCUUACUAUUAAUGUGACUGUGUGAUACAGUUAAGCCUUAAUGUGUUGCUUGUGAUGGACUGUGUGACUGCGAGAUGCGAUUCGCAAGUCCAACCCACAAAAAUGACCCUUGCUCGUCAACGAGUCCUCAGUAGCUCAGAGGUCAGAGCAGCCGACCUAGAACUCGGAGGGUCGUGGGUUCGAAUCCCAUCCAGGGUCAGAUUUUUUCUGUGUCCUCUUAUGGUUGAUUCUUUACAUCUCCCUUUAUUUCCUUUAUAAUAUUAAAAUCAGUGGCAUGGAACAAGAAUCCAUGGCACAAAACAGUAUUGUUGAUCACAUCAAAUGUUUAGUGCCUUGGCUCUUUAAACUCAAGAUUUGAAAGCCCCUUUAGUGGCAGAGCAAGUGUUCGAAUGAGUCGUGCGCGCGUUUUGACACACAUAAGUCCUUUUUUCACUUCUCACAUGAGACAUCAUGCAGUCAAACCCAAAGUGAUCACUACAUACAACAGCAAAAGCUCUUUGGUCUUAGACCCCCCGCGAAGAGAACUACAUGGUGCUUUUGCUAGUAGAAGCGAUGUUUUUUUGGUCUUAACAAGCACUAAAAAGGUCUCAGCAGAAACAUUUUGUUGUCCUUAAUUUUUUUGAGGGUUAAAAACCUCGCUCAUGAGUACGAAUACGCCAGUUAAUUAGUAAAAAUGAACCUCUUAAACGGAUCAAUGACGUUCUAUUGUAACAGCCAAGAUAGCAUGUCGUAUUCAAAGUAGCUGUGUCAUGGCUAGCUAGUUACUACGCGCCUUAUUUGCCAUGGAAUUUGAGAAAUUACUUGUGAAUGAAAAAAUCUCAGGUUCGUGCCUCCCAGUCCCAAGGCAUUAUUUAAAAAUUAACUUUGAAAAACUGUCAGAUUAACAAGCUUUCAAAAACCACAUUUGAAACCGUUUUGAACAUCGUUCUUCAAGUUUGUCCAUCCGUGUCUCCUUUUGUAUCUGAGUUGUUUACAACUUCUUCCAACUUGCCGUUGCGGAAAAAAUUAUUCAUGAAACAAGGGGCUGUAAAUAAACGCAUACAAAACAUGCUUGUCCUGUACUGAAUUUAUGAGAUCCAUCUACAAGACUUUUCAGAAGGUUUGCGACUUAAUGUGAACGCAGCGGCAGCGAUUCUUGACUGUUAAUUAAGCAUUUCCCUUUUAAUGUUGUUUGUAUAUGUUUGCAUAAUCUUGGCUAAUUUAAAAGGAAGGCAAAAUUGAUGCCAAUCGGUUCAUUAGAUCUAUUACCACUAAAAACUUUUCGAUGCUUUACUUUGCUCUUUUUAUCCAACUUUUGGUACUUUUAAGGGUUUUCUGAUCUAGCUUUUCUUCGUCAUAUUACUUGUAUCACUGGGUUUCAAGGUCACGCUGCUAAAAGUACGUUAGAUUUGAAUCGCGGUUUUUCGUUAUGAUUUGUUUUCUUUGGUAGGUUUUCUAUCGACACUACUUUUUCCCAUACGGACAUCCCCCCUUUUCUUUCGUUUAGUGUCGAAUGCGUUUCCUGAUAUUGAGUCGGUCGGUCGGAUUGAAAAAAAAAAACCUAAAAAAAGAAAUUAAUAAGAAGUCUCAGAAUAGGAAGCCCUGGUACCACAGGAUGACGUUAAAAGUUAACAUUCACAUAUUUGGAUUAACAAAAUACACAAUAUACUGUAAAAAAAGUUCCUGUUUUUGUUCCUGUUUUUCCCUAUGCUGUUACUAUGCUCAUUUUUCAGUUUUAAAAAAAUUAUUUCAAGUAAAAAAUGGUUUAACUACAUCUUACUUUUUCGGGCUGGAAGCUGAAUAAUUGGAUCACGAUUAUUUAUUGCUUUUUUCUCUAAAUUAUUCAUUAUUCAUUUCAAAUUUUUCCGAGAUAUUCAUUAUUCAUUUUUUUAGUUUUUGUAUCAGUUUUCCGUUCCCAAAUUUUGUACAACGCAAUUCUAUACAUUGUUUAUAAAAAGUUUACAUUUCAGUAUACAUUCAAACUUAUCUUUAGCAAGUAUCGUUCUAUUUUUUCUAUAAAUGUGGUCAAAAUAAUGUUAUCCUUUUCGAUCAAUAGAAUGUCUAUGCAAUUACUAGAACGUGAAGGACCAAACAACCAGAACAACAGCAGCUUAAUAACCAUAAGUACUAAAACAUAAUAACUAACAAACAAAGUAUAGGUGGUUUUCAUGCAGUCUCGGGAGACACAAAUAACAAUGGUGAAAUGAACAAAUGCUGGUGGACAAACAAAACGAGCUAAUGAGCGAUCUUUUGUUUACCGUCCACCAGCAUGGCAGCGAUGACGUAACGUGAAAACCACCUAUAGCUGAAGCGAACACUUUUCAUAAUCGUAAUCGUUCGUAAUCGACUUGGAUCACAAGUCGGGCAAGAUAGGCUGCUUGCUUGCAAGGGGUUUUUGCACCACCUACCAGGUUACUCACUCGGUCGGAUUUUAGGACCCUAUCUAUUGGCAAGGUUUCAUUGCAAUUUUUACGCUGAGUCAUUAAUUAAUUUCCAAAUUGUCCAAACAUUGUGAAAAAUUACAAUGGAAGAUUCUUAUAUUGCAAUUUUUUAGACAGUUGCAUCUAUAACUAUAUAUUAGUUUAGUUUCAUCCUGAGCCUCUGUCAAACGAUAUCAACAUUCUUGAAUUCCCCGCACCCAAAAAACUGACAACCAGAAAUGCGGUGCGGGAUAAGCAGACAAUUCUUAGCCCAUUUAUUGAACUAACCAACUAAUCACAAAACAAAAACAACUGUUUACACUGUUUAGACACCAAAAAAUUAAACAAACUCUAUACGUUCGAUCCGGCCAAAGUAAAUUGAAUAAACAAAACCACUUAUAAUGACUGUCAAUCAUCAGGAAAGCACAACUAAAAUCGUUACGAGGAAAUGGAUUACAGGAUUUCAACCAAAAUAUAAAAAAGAACAAAAUUUAACUGUCCGCUUGUAAAAAUCCACAAUGAAACUUGUUUACAGUUCAGCGAAUAUAUACUUGCUAGUUUACAUAUCACACUUUCUUCCCAUAAUCUCACGCCGGCACUUAAAACACACUGCCGACAAAUGCACUUGUGCUUGGGAAUUCAAGAAACCAUUUAUCUUUUGUUUCAUUACGCUUCGCUACAUUCAGGCAAAGAUAAAUGAACAAUUCUUGAAUUCCCGCACCCAAAAAACUGACAACCAGAAAUGCGGUGCGGGAUAAGCAGACAAUUCACAAUCAGUGGCAAAAGCAUAUAAGGAUACAAUAUAAGGCAAUGUUCAUUAAGCAAACAUAUUUACAGUAUAAUAGAUAGCUAAUCGCUUGGAUACCAUAAGGGUACUGUCCAAAAAUUGUUAAGCAUAUCCACCUGCGGCAAGGAUUCUGUGUCAUCAAGCAACGUUAAGCCAUCAGAAUUAAUUGGGCAAAUGUAAAUCUCUCCAUACUGCAACAAACAACACAACUCGCGCAAUGUUUAUCAAGUAAAUCACAUACUGAAAAUUAAAGAGCCAAAUUUCUAGAUACCACAAGGGUAUUUUCCAAAGAUUCAUCGACAUAACCAUCUGCGGCUUGGAUACUGCGCCAACCACCAUGUCCACGCCAUACUCUCCCAGAAACUCCGCUGCGUGCUGCUUGGGAAGCACCACCUGAACGAAGGCUAUGUAAACCAAAUUCGUUCGAGUCUAAACCAAGUUCGGAAAUCAUUUGACGAAACUGUUCCCGUGCCCGAGAAUAUGACAGAGCAGCUUGUCGCAGCUUGUACCCGGCACCCAAUUUCUGGCAGAGACAAAAUAAUGACUGAGAUGGUUGAUGCUCUCCGCGCUCAAGGAAUAACUCUAACAGUUUCACUGGACAAGAGCUGGAAGGUAAACGAGCAACUUUAACCACAGAUCCCUGACGGAAUUGAUCGUUCUUACGCCUGUCUAGGAAAAUAGACAUGUGGGUGGCGCAAAACCUUAAGUCACAGGCACGUAAGUCACGCAGCUCUGACCAACGUAGGAAAGCACAAAAACCAAGCGCAACCAGCGACACCAUUUGUAGGUUCGGUAGAGAAGCACGAGGGUGACCAUAGGAACGAAUCAGCGCCCUGACGUGAUGAGAUUCAAUAGGCUGCUUUCUCCUAGAUGGACCAGCCAGGAGGCGUUUAAAGCCAGACAAGGUCUGAGAAACGAGCGGAUCGUCGACAGGAUUAGGACAUCCAAGUUUCUUAUGUAGCCAUGCAAUGCCAUAAGCUGCUCCAAGGAUUGACGAGCGAGAUAAGCCUCGGUCUGAAAGACUUGUUAAGUAGAGAGCAACUGCGGUUGGGUUAGACUGUAAAGGAGGAAACGAGUAACACUUGCACCAGUCAAUCCAUCGAUUGGCUGCCCCUGCAUACGAAGACACGGUUGAAGCGGCACAGUCAUUAAGUAUGACAGUCUUUAACAGUUCUACAAGCCUCUGAAUCUCCGCGUUGCUCCGUUGGUAAGGCGACAAGCCUAAAGUGAAAAUCAACAAUGUCCAAAACAUGGCACUUUAAAGACAGGAACAACAUCCAAUUGCUACAGAACACUAAACGCGCAAGAUACACAUCGUCUGCAACGAGAACUGCCCACAUGGCAAGUUAACACAGCACCAGUACACACUCCAGCACAAGGAGGCUUGGCCCACUCGGCGUCAACUGGUAAGCAAAUCCACACAAAGGAUAGAGGAGUCCACUUGACUCUAAAAACGAACACACUACUGUGUCGGCAGUGCCCUCUCGGCUUGCUUCAGCUGCACAACUCGUGCGUACUAGUACAGUUCCAAGUCCACUGACUUGCAAAGAGCAAAGGCCCACACCUAGGCCAAAAAGGCUCAGAUAGAACAAAAACAAAUAAUUAGGAUGAACAACUCGUUCAAGGUACUCAUCUAAUACCCGAAAAACGUUCUACAGCAAAACUAAGGAAACACAAUUCUCAAAGCAAAUACCCUACACGAGGGAAUACCAUGCCCGAAAAGACCCGCGGCUGCGGAACCAGGGAGAAAAGUAGAUUCAUGUAAAGGAAUCUCCCGCCAGUCAAGAACAAAAGGGUGGAAAACCCCGGGGCUUCGAGACACCAACGGCCACCAAUGAGCAGAUUGCCAAAAGGGGAUAAUGAGAGUGCCCUGCUCUCUACCCAGUUUCAUGUGAUUGAUAACCCUGGGAAUAAGGAACACUGGGGGGACCAACCAAUUGUUUUCCCCUCCCCAGCUGACGGUAAAAGCAUCAACAGUUUCGGUCCCAGGACACCACCAUCGAGAACAAAACCUGGGCAACUGGAAAGAAUUAUGACUCGCAAAACGAUCUACAGUGUGGGGUCCCCACAGAAUAUCCAACUGGCGAAAAUAGACAGGGUUGAGCAUCCAAUCAUCGGUGUCGACAACUUUCGACCAAUAAUCAGCUUUGAAAUUAAAGUGGCGAGGUAUCCACUCCGCAGAAAAGCGAAUACCGGCUUCAUGGGACAAAUUGUAAAUGGCAACCGCUUCUUUUUUUGCAAAUGAGGCUUACUACUGCCGACGGACAAAAAAAUACUGCAGACGCUCUGAUUGUCAGAUCUAUGCUUGCACUCCUUACCCGCCAAAAGACCGGAAAACGACUGAAGAACAAAUCUAAUUGCACGAAUCUCGCGGAAAGAAGAGCUGCAUAGGGCCUCGGAACCCAACCAGUUCCCUCUAGCGAUGUGCGUACCAAAUUGAACAAUAAAUCCCGCCCAACCCACAUUGCUGGCAUCCGAAUAAGACAAAAGCUCUAUCUUCGGGGAGGGCCUCCAGAUUGGUUUGCCGCACAAACGAAAGAAAUUAUCUCCAAAAAUUAAGUUCCUCUACAGCUUCACGCGUUAAAGCCACCUUGCAGCUAAGGCUAUGAACGCUAUUAAGGACUGCGUACAAGGCUCGGGUGCGCAAACGCACAAUUGGACCUAAAGCGAGCUCCAUGGAAAUAAGGGUACCCGUAAUACGAGACACAUCCCUAGCCGUGGGUGAAACAUCGUCAAGAAGCAGUGAAAUCAGAUUAAACAGGUGAUCAAUCUUGCCUGGUGGGAUACUAAAUUCUCCUUUUGUAAGGUCCAAAAUAAAGCCUAAGUGCUCCCCUUUUUGGCGCGGUUCAAAAUUGCUCUUCUCCUCAUUCACUAGCAGGCCAAGGCGAUCAAGAUCGCCUCGCACUAGUUGCGCUUCCUGAGAACACGAAUCUUUACUUGAAUCGGUGCCGAUACCGUCGUCCAAAUAGACAGAAAUCCUAAUGCCUUGUGACCGCCAGUGUGAAACAACUGGUCUUAACAAUUUGGUGAAAACGUAAGGAGACGUACUUAAACCAAAAGGAAGCGAACAAAACAAAAAAUAGCGUGGCUUACCAUCGAAAGUAAACGAAAAAGCCAAAUACUUCCAAUGCUCUUGAAAAAUGUCAACAUGAUGGUAGCCAUUACGAAGAUCGAAAGUAAAAAACCAAUCACCUGGCUGAAGAAUUUCCGCCACGACUCGAAGGUCUUCGAACUUAAACUUACGCUUGGCUAGGUGCUUGUUAAGAAAGCGAAGGUCGAGAAUCAAUCGAAGUUUGCCAUUCUUUUUAGGAACUACACCUAAGGGACUGCAAACAUGAACUUGGUCACGCUUGACUUCCACCGCGCUACCCGCCAACAACAAUUGCUCGAUAGCUUCACAAACAAAAGCUCUAUUAUCAACAGCGCUUUUAUGAUUACUAAAGAAAUACCUCAAUGGAAUUGAAACAAAUGGUAACUUAUAACCGCUUUCAAUAACACUAAGAACAAAAGAAGAGGCCCCAAUAGAACGCCAAACAUGCAAAAACUUGCGCAAGCGGCCUCGAAUCCAAAAUACUGAGGAAACGCCCGUGUCAAGUUCAGCCUCGCCGCGAUCCGAAAAUUCGUCAAAAUCAGAGUCAGCUAGUCAUUUAGCGGAAGAGGAAACUUUACAAUCCUUGAUAAAAUGGCCUGCUUUGCCACAACCAAAGCAGCGGUAAACAGAAGCUUUUUUCUCCGGUACAGGAUUAACCAAAAGCUGACCGACAUCUGGGCGGAAAUCCACGAUUCUAUGUGAUGGGCCAAAAUUAGGACUGGGGCCGCUUUUGGAAGAUGUAGACUGAGACUUAAAACGAGUUCCCAUUUUGCUUCUCAGACUAUUUUUUCGAUUUCGUUUCUCCCGAGACCUCUCUGCUUCCUUGCGCGCGACACGAAGUUUCUUUUCUUCUUCGUCAUUUUUAGUGAGUGGGUCCGCCUCAAAAUAUUCUACCACGUCCCAGCCAUCCCGGUCAGCAAUAGAAAUAAGCUUAUUUCUGUUAUCAAGGAGUGACAUACCUUCGUUGGCAAUCUUAGUGAUGGCGUCAUCCGCCCCAGCCCUCUCUAAAAUCUGGUUGAACUUAUCCUUGACGUCAGUGUUGAACUUGAACUGUUUCUUGUUACUCUUAUAUUUGAACUCUUAUUAUUGAGUGUGUCUGGGGGCAUGCUCCUCCAGAAAAGUUUUUUAAUUUAGGGUCUCGGAAAUGGCAUUUCCAGCGUUUUCCGCAGGAAAUUUUCUGUAAAAAUAUGUUCAGUUGUUUAUUUCACCCAUCUCCAGUGUUGUUGGUAAUAAGGUAGAGUGUUUAAGGAAAAAAAGACCAGUGACGCCAUCAGAAUCUGAUGAUUAUGGAAUAAUACUGAAGAGAAAAGAAAUACUAACACAAGAACACCAAUAUAUGGCGAAAAAUAUAUCAGUCCUCCCUCGUUUCUCGCGGGCUUCGCCGCUCGCCGCUCUCGCGUGCUCGCAUUCUACCGUGUCCAAAAGAAAAAUAAGAGACUACUAGCAGUCAAAACCUUAAUGACGCCUUUUCGGUGAUCUCGAUCUGGACAGAACCAUAUAGUAAAGACGAGACGGUAAGAAGUUGAUUGUCUGAAUAUCAUCGAGUAUAAAAUCUUUUAAAUGAUUACUAAUAAGCUGAUUAAAAGAACGGUACGUUUGUACUGACCUGCUCUGAUUGUGCAUUAAACGUCAAUUUUCAGGUGCCAAGGAAAGCGAGCUGGACACAUUGUCAAGAAUGACAAAUAGACCUACCCUCGAUGACGAUUUCUCUUCAUUCUCUGACUUCUUUUUUUCCAUCGUUCAAAAUCGAAUGAAGAAGCGGAUUUUAGAAAAGCGAUCCAAUCACACGAAAAUACGGUGGGCGUAAACUGUAGAUACACGACACAUCGAACUAAAAGGGGAACCAAAAGUCAAACAUCUCAAGUGAUUGACAUGCAACUUUGCAGGCUGUCAAUUACGUGGUAUCGGAUUGGCUGUGGGAAAAGAACGCUGAUUUUCAGGAGUUUUAUAAUUUUAUUUCGGGGUUUGCCGCUUUGGAUUUCACUGAUUUCGCGCGGAUUCCAAUGUUUACGAUUGGCAGAAAAGUUGAAAUUGUUUCUUUCGUCAUCAGUUUUUAUGGUAUCAUUUAGCAGCUAUGAGUUAUUCAUUAUUCCGAGGCUAGAUGGUGUUAUUCAUAAUUCCCGAUUUUCUAACUCCAAAUAUUCAUUAUUCAUUUUCUUUUAAACCCCGUCACUCAUUAUUCAUUAUUCAGCUUCCACCCCCGAUACUUUUUUUUUUAAAGAUGCCCAAAAUUUGGGUCGGUCUGACGACGCUAAACGGAGAAUAAAAAGAGGAUGGCCUAAUAUUUGAAAUGGCUAAGUACAGUAAAAGCCCGCGAAUAAGUAUCUGGAUUUUCCCAAGUUACAGAAAUGGCGAUUAGAACAAAUUUAGGCCAUUUAGGUUCUUAAAAGAGGAACCUAUUUAAAAACAGGUUCCUACUUUCUGAAGAAAAAAAAACAUUGUAGCCAAUAGUAUUUAGGGGUAUUCAGCUCAUUCCUUACGCAAAACCUGCAUAUUAUUAAUUGCAGUUGAAGUGGUAAGGCACCUAUGUCAAAGAGGAACGUGAAUGUUGACUUAUCAUAUUUGUCCAACGUACAGAAUUUUUUUUAUAGAGUUUAGAAAAUAAGAACGAGUUUCAAAUUCUAAGCUACACAGAUUCUUCCAUAGAAGGGGCCUAACGGGCAAAUUUUAGCAAAUUUCGUACUUAAAACCGGGCUGGCGGGUUUUUACUGUACAGCUAUAAUUUCGUUAUCAAAGAACGGAAACGUGAACAAGGAACAAAGGGGAAAACAGUUCAGAAAACAUUUGGGCUGACACAACGACUGCAUCGUGCAGUCACAAAUAUAUACUCUGAGGGAAAUAAAUACUGAUAAAAGAAAUGAUAAUCGAUUUUUUAUUUGGAAUCACUCGGAGCAAACCUCACUCUAGUUAGCCAACGAACGCCGACGCCUAGGGUUCUGUUUCGUAAACGGUCGUUGCCAUUUGAAACGGUCGGUGCCACCAUUUGUAACCUAAGCCUUUAGUCAUGAUAGAUUACAAUAAGGCAGAAACAAUCGACAACUCAUAUCACGAACCUUCAAGGGAAAAUCUACAAAAGUUCGAGUCUUUCGGGAGUUCGAAGCAAGUAACGGAAAAUUUAGGAAAUAAGGGAUUAGGCAACAAAGCCUCAUUAAUUGACAGGGCUGGACAUUGCAAUUGAACUAGACUGUAAAGACUAAAGUAAAGUAACAAAGAAUACACAGUUGCACUGCAGUACACACUUUUCUUCUCUUCGAUCGACUUGUCACGCGCUUUAAAAACAUGGUUCGAGUUAUCGAGGUUAAAAUUAUAUAGAAAUCAUCUGAAGGGAAACAAAAAUUACUUCGAGUUAGCGGGAGAUUCGAGUUAUCGAGGGUUCGAGUUACUGAGGGUAAAAUUACGGUAAAUAUAUGAGCCGUAUCCAGGGAAAUCGAUUUUGGUUCGAGUUAGCAAGGAUUCGAGUUACCGGGAGUCGACUGUAAUACGUUUUUGAAUUAACAGUCUUAGAAAGAACGACCUUGAAGCCUAAGUUGAAUUUACGUUAAAUGUUAUGGAAAGGGCUAGGGUCACCUUGCGGUUUUUGAUGUACCAGUUAAGAUAGACAUUUUGCUAGUUUAUGUACUUUUAAUAUUUUUCGAAAGUUGGGCUGGUCGGUAUGGUAAUGUAGUGGUAAGAGGGAGAGAGGUCCGCGUUCGAGGUCCAGGUUCGAUCCUGGGUUGCGAUUUUCUUUCUUUUUGAUAGAAACACUCUCAACAACAGGUGAAAAAUUUUCCAGGUGUCUUAAAAAUGGCAGCGAUCGUUAGCGAAAGGGACAACUCAACGCCUACUUGAUUUGAGGGUGUCAUUGGGGCACUGAACCCAAGUUAAGGAGCAAUAAAAUAAAUCUGUAAUAGGCCUUUUCCGAGUUCCCCCGGGCCUCUGUAUCAAAACGAGACGUCAAUCGCAUUGAUAUCGGCAAAUAUCAUCCAAAUAUGGUCACACGUAAGCAGUUCCCAUGAUUAACACAAGAAAGGUCUGAGAUAGUGUAAGGAAUUUUUCGAAAUUUUGGAACAGGUUGGAGAAAAUCACAAUUUUCUCUGCGUAUCAGUGUAUCCUUCCCAAGCUUUUUUAGUAUGUUCUCGGGAAAUGUUUUGAUAAAAUGGUUACACAAAAUCUAUCUGGAAGGAAAACAUGCUAUUGAGUAUUCAACUGCUGGCUAUGUUUCUAACGUUCGUUUCUUUGCUUUCUGUACUAGAGUGGAUGAUCAAGACAGAUCGAAAGCAUAUCGGCGUACAGGUAAAAAGAAUUAAGCUGAAAAUACACCUUAGUAGAAAUAUAAAGCACGUUAAGGGACGCUAAAAGUGAUGUUACAGGGGACAAUUCACAACGACGAUUUUAAGCGAAUCAUGUUGUGCGCUAAAAAUCGUCGUUGCGAAUCACCUGAUAGAGUGGUUUUCGUUUGAGCGUCGUAAAACCAAAACCAAAGUAAUUACUCUGGCCAAUCACAUAGGACACAGACAAUACAUUGAACCAAUCAAAACUCGAAGUAAUUACAUGUGGCUGACGCAAAGCGCGGGAAAAUGCAUGCAAGACCUUUGGGAUUUUGGCGCGAAUCUUUUAAGCCAAUCGCAUCGCGUAGAAAGUGCAAAACCAAUUACUUUUCGACACUCAAAUGAAAACCGCUCUAGCCUGCGUAGGAAGCGUUUCCGUUUGGUUUCGGAGCAAAGAAAGACCGGUUUUGGCCGCGCGAGAAAUGAAACGAGAGCCCUCCCCCCGCUCUUUUACUUGCGCCAUUUUUCGCGCAGUCUUUGAUUCUCGUUCCUCGUUCUUUGCUCCUAAACCGCACGGAAACGCUUGCUACGCAAGCUAAUCACCUCAAGUCUCCAAAAGCAUUCCAAUGCAAAGUAAUCCCCGUUUCAGCUUGUGAUCCGGUUUUGCUGCAAUUUCCUUUUGUCAUAAACCCAGGAUGACGUCAAAGACAGUAAUUAUUCUAACGAACAUAGCGCUGGAGGAUGGGGACUGAUUUGCGUUUCUUAGGCCAUUUUUCGCCCGGGGGGACCCCCUAUAACGGUUUAUACGGGGAGGAUCCGACCAGAAGGGAUUUCACUUGUUGAAGUUUAUAUAAAAGGGUAGGAAAUCUGUAAUUUGGGCGUAAAAAGGCCUAAAAGGGCUUACAGACGCAUUUUAUGACCGUGAAAAAGUCAAGAAAACGUUCUGGUUUCAUUCAAAUUUUAAAGAAAGUGCUUUAAAGCAGUUAAAGGGGAUCGCCCCAUAUGAAACGAAAACGACCAAAGCGGUCGUCAACGGGUUAAGAAACAGUACUUUUCUUGAUUACAAGAUCUAGAGACUUGUACAAAGCCCUGAUCUAUGCCCGGUUACAGGAAUUUGUACUAUAACUUACCAGUUUUUCUUUUGGCAUUGUUUGUGUUAACUUUAUCUAUUAGCUAUUUCUCUGAAAUUCGAGGUGAAAUGAAGGUUGCAAUAUAUGUAUGUAUGUAUGUAUUAUACAUGGACAUUUGUUCCUAUCAAUGAACUUAGACUUAAACUCGAUAGACUCAAAUUAUCACCAUUAAAAAGAUUGAAAAGUUGACUUUUCGAUCACUAGCCCUACUUCAGAGAUAGCACUUGCGGUGCAUUAACGGGACGGUCACAUUCAUGGUUAUUUGCCAAAACCUAAAUUUGUGCAGCACUACAGUUUCUUUUGAAACGAAACCCUUCAUUCUUUAUUAUUUCAACAGCUUAACAAUGAAUUUGACCUGUCAGUGAGUGCCAAGAACAGGAAAGCAAAGAAGCAGAUAGAGAAGUAUUGCACAAAGCAUAGAACAGAUCCCCAAAGCGACGCGGAUCCAAACUUGCGUAACUUCUUUGUUGUGGAGAAGUACAAAAUUGUCUAUUGCGGUGUCCCAAAGGUAGCAUGUACAGUCUGGAAGGGAAUAAUGGCAAAACUACAAGGUCUUAACAUUUCAAAUGGGAUUCACAAGAACACUAAAGGAAAACUUAAAACCCUUAGCAAUUAUUCCGUGGGGGAACGCGAGACAAUUCUAAAGACAUAUAGGAAAUUCUUGUUUGUGAGGGAACCGUUUGAACGCCUACUUUCUGCCUAUAGAGAUUGCUUCUGGGGGAAAUAUAAGACAAAACAAGAUUACUGGAAAGAUUACCAGGGAAAAAUAAAACAGGUUCUGAUGAGUCGAACUAGCCUUCCUAACGAAACAUACUCUGGAAAUGUAACGUUUGAACAAUUUGCAACCUAUUUGGUUCUUCGACGGAGGGAAGGUGGUUUGUUUCAAGAACACUGGCGAGAACAAUAUAAAUUAUGUCAUCCUUGUCGCAUACAAUUCGAUUACAUCGGACAUUAUGAAACAAUGGCUGAAGACGCGAUGUUUAUUCUACGAAAAACAAACUUGGAAAACAAGGUAAACUUUCCGGAAUGGCAACCAACAGACACUAGAGAGUUGAUGCAGAAGUACUAUUCUACUCUUUCUCUGCUCAGGAUAAGGCAACUACAGAGUAUUUAUAACAACGAUUUGGAGUUGUUUGGUUAUAGCUAUCCAGGACCGCUUAAAGCGGUAGUUGACAAUUUGAUCAAUGAUAAGUUGUAA